ACUUGACCUUCUUAACUCUUGGUUGUUUUUCUACUAAAAGGGUAAGUGAGGAGGGUAACUCCAAAUGCUACUCGUCAAUGUAGAUAUAUGCCCUUAAUUUUUUUUUUUUCGGAACGUUUUACUGACUUGUAAGACAAAGACAAUGUAAAGUAAAGGAAAUGUACAAUCACACAAGUACAGCUUGAUAAAAUUCUACGACCUGAAGACAUCCAUAUGGCCAACACCCAGACCAGGAAACAGACACCUGCAACAUUCUAUCACUUCCUUCAAGGGCAACAAUUGUCACACCACGGAUUUUUUUCUUGUACUUAGUUACCUGUAUUUCUCUCUUGAUUAAGUUUUUGUUGUAGAAGUUUCAUGUUUGUAAACGUCCUUUAAGAAGUACUGAGGAGAUCAUGGUAACCAGAAAAAGCCCGUUCUCCAUCCUUCCAAUGAACCGGGUGCUGUGCUAGGUAGAGUUUUCAGUGAACGUUAACUGGCAAAUGUCAAGGGCUUGGUUGUUGGUUGGGAAGAUGUUUCGAAGGCAGGAAAGAUUUCUAGGCUCCCAGAGACCAGGCGGUUUCUCACACGUCCCUCCCUUGGGCCUGGUAGGUGGUAGAGAAGAAUCUCUUUCCAUCAACCACCUGGGGUGUGAGUUUGAUGCUCACUUGGGGGAGGUGGGAUUGAGGUAUAAAAAAAAAGUGAAAAUUCUACUUACUGGUUCCCUGUUUCCUUGGACUCCACCAAAGUUCUAGAUUUAAGCAUCAUAAUGAACCUAACGUCCUCUGGAUCCUGUCAGAGCAGGUAAGUGUGUCCCAGUGUGAGGACCGCUCACCCUUGAAGGUGAGGCGAGACAGUCAUGAACAGCGCACACCGGGGAGGCCCCGGGGCUGUGAUCAGCGAGCCCCAAGGGUGUUGGCUCCAGCAUGGGGAGGCCCCAGAGCUGUGACCAGGGAGGCCCCGGGGCUGUGACCAGCGGGCCCCCAAGGGCACUGGCGUCAGCCUGGGGCAGCGGUGUUAGCGGUCCCUGAGCAACGCAGAGGUGGCCCGUUUGCCUCCCGGCCAGUUCUCUAGCCAAAAGAUCCAAAGUCCAUGUGGUCAGCUCCUGGGAGGCCCCCCAGGCUUCCUUAAGCCUUUCCCUGUCUGAGGAGGACAGGAUCCCAUGGGCACAAGUCAAGGGAGAACUGAGCCCAUUGAGAAAUCUGGAGAAGAACCUGAGAAGAAGCAGUUCGGGGAAAUGCGCUCGCUCUUGGCGCUCACUUUGGACGAAGCCAACACGUUUCACCUGCGCUUCUGGACCCUCUUUCGGAGCCACUGUCCCAGCCCUCAGCAGCCUCGGAUCAGAGCCUAUCAUAUUCAGCAGCUGGCCUCAGAAAACAAGGAGACUCCUUCGCCGCUCCCCGACUCUUCCCAACUUCAAAUCUGGAGAAGCAGGUCAACAGGAUUCACUGAAGGUACAGACCUACAGCAGAGUAACCCUCAGGUCACCGUUGUGACUGCCAACGUUUUAACAUGUCGCUAAGAGGAGGCAGUAGGCAGAAAAGAAAACCUUAUUUGAUGGCAGAAGGCAGACCUUCGGGGGCCAUCCCGAAGCCACCGGUGUUCCCUGUGGACGACAGAACGGCGGAAGUGGUGCAGAGCGUCCUGCUGGAGCGAGGGUGGGACAAAUUUGACGAAGGAGGGCAGAACAGCGACGACUGGAACCUGUAUUGCGGGACUUCCUCCUGCCGGAUGACUGAGCGCGUCCGCGUGAGGCCAGGGCAACGGCUGAACCACCACCCGGGCACCACCAGGCGGACCGGAAGGACCGCCUGGCCAGGCACCUGAAGCGCAUGGAAGAGGACGUCCGGCGGCCCCCUGCACGAGUUCAUCCCGCUGACGUUCGUCAUGCCAGACUACAACAAGUUCAUGGCUGAAUACUCGCGGGAGAAGCACGUGACGGGCGCAAAGCGCAGCUCCUGGAUCUGCAAGCCCGUGGAGCCGUCUCGUGGGACGGGGAUCAUCAUUUCCGGUGACAUUAAAGACUUAGUCUUUGAUGAUACAUACAUAGUACGGAAAUAUACCUGCCACCCUUUCCUCGCGGGCAGAGGUAAACCUGACCUCCGCAUCUGCGUCUGUAUCACGGGCUUUAAGCCUUUGACCAUUUACGUUUAUCGGGAACGGUUAGCGCGCUUUGCCACGGAGAAGUUCGACCUGAGUAAUCUGCAGAACAGUUAUGCCCCCUUGACCAACCUCAGCAUCAGUAAGUCCGGGGCCUCGUAUGAGAAAAUCAAAGAAGUGAUCGGUCGCGGCAACAAGUAGCCCCUCAGCUGUUCCUUCUCUUACCUUCGCAGCUGGGACGUGGACGGCCUGCUUCUGUGGCAGAAAGUCCACCACGUGGCCAUUCUCACGGGGCUCGCCAUCGCUCCCUCGGUCCCCUUUACGGCCAACUGCUUGGAGCUCUUUGGGUUUGAUAUUUUGAUUGAUGACAACUUGAAACCGUGGCCGCUAGAAGUCAACUUCAGCCUUGCCCCGUGGCCGCUAGAGGUCAACUUCAGCCCUGCCCUGUCCGUGGAUUGUUCGGCGGACGUGUCUGAAGAGAAAACUCAUCCACGACACGGCUGAGCUGAUUUACUUGCGGGGUCUGAGGCACGGGAGGGCAGAGGGUAGUGACGGUCCCGGGGGAGCGGCGGGGUCCCCCUCGCGGAGCUGGAUGCCGGUGGGCUCGACCGCGUGGGCAGAACCCUUCCUCGUGGGUCCCUCUUUCCGGUCACGGGCAGACCGUUUAAGGAGGAAUCUGCAGUGAAGAAGCCGUGAAGAUAUGUCCCGAGAGUAAACGUGCCUCCCAGCCUAGGGGAAUGACGAGUAGGAAGAAAGACCUUCUCCUUUCAACAAGAGAAGCCCCCAAACCAAGCCAAAGUUAAAGGGCAGACACGCCCCACAAAGCACUCAUUCCGUUCAUGUCCCUCAUCCAAGCGUGCGCCCACCGGACAAGCAUCGCCCCGUGCGUCGCCUCGGACCAGAGCAAAGUGCCAUAUCUCCAAGAAGGGAACUUUGUUCUCAUUUUUCCUUUCAACGAAGCAACUUUUGGAGCUUCCAGGAGUAGAUUAAACGUCAGGAGACUAAUCCAAGAGUUCCAGAAACGAAUGAACAAACAACACUCCCAAGCGGCAGAAAAAGGAAACAAAGAGAAGGUGACACGGCUUUUGGAAAACCAAGGAUUCCCUUGCCGGGGACAGCGAUGUGGGCGUAAAUAGAAAUAUAGCAACCCUGACAAAGUAGAGCAUGUGCAAAUGAUGAUUAAAUUACAUGACCUGGGGCGCCUGGGUGGCACAGUCGGUU